AUGCUUAUUCAAUGCAAUUAUGCUAGAAGCAUUUGGAAUGCUAUCUUCCCAAAUAUUGCUCAAGAUCUCAGGAACAUAGAUGAUAUUAAGCAAUGGAUAAAAACAUCGGACAAUAAAGGUUCUAGAAUCAAUUUUGAGAGAAAUGGCAAUGUGAAUCUCAUUGUGAUCAUAAUGUGGUUCAUAUGGAAAUCCAGAUGUGAGCUAGUUUUUGAAGGAAAAAACUGUUCCAUUAACAAUCCGAAAGCCAGGGUUUACACUUAUUGCAAUGAGAAUAAAAUACAUACUAACAAUCAAUUGAUUCAGAUGCAGGUUUUAAGAUCCAGGAGCAAUAAUAUGGGAAAUAGAAGAGAUAACAUGAAUAUAUGGUCUCCUCCUUUAAGGGGAAGACUGAAAAUUAAUAUAGAUGCUUCAGUUUUGCCUGGUAACCAUUAUGCUGGAAUUGCUCUAAUAAUAAGAGAUUUUACAGGUCAAUUGAUGGAGGCAUGGACACUGGUAGAGAGAGUCAGAGAUAUAACUCAGGUUGAAGUUGUCGCUGCGCUUAAAGCUCUGCAAUGGAUCAUUCAACUACAAAUCCAUAAUGUCAUUGUGGAGGAUGAUAACAAGAAGGUUAUGGACAACAUCAAUGGCCUGUACAAUAUCUCUCCCUGA